AUGCAAUCUCCUCGGGUGUCUCAUUGGGAAGCUGCUCUCCGAGUUCUUCGAUAUCUAAAGGGUCAUCCUGUUCAAGGGAUUGUUUUACGCAAGGAUAGUGCUCUUCAACUUACUGCUUAUUGUGACUUUGAUUGGGCCUCUUGCCCUCUUAGUCGUCGUUCUCUUACAGGUUACUUUAUCUUUUUGGGAGGCUCACCAAUAUCUUUGAAGACAAAGAAGCAACAUAUUGUAUCUCGUUCUUCUGCUGAGUCUGAGUACCGUUUCAUGGAUCAUACUUGUAGUGAGCUCACGUGGCUAAAGGCAUUAUUGAAAUCUCUAAGUGUGUUUCAAUCUCAACCUAUGCGCCUUUAA